AUGCCCAUUUCAAGCAGCUCCACGUCCUCCACAAAGACCAUCCGCAGGGCAGCGUCCGAGCUGGAGCGGUCUGACUCUGUGACGAUUUAUUUAGACUGCGUUGCCGUUCUCAUGCGCAUCUGGAGAUGUAAAGCACUCCCAUCUGAUAUCCAAAAGUCUCCAAGAUUCAUCGGCAGACGGCAGAGCUUGAUCGAGGACGCGCGUAAAGAGAGGGAAGCGGCCGCGGCGGCCGCCGAGGCUGCCGAGGCGACUGAGCAGAUAGUGUUUGAGGAAGAGGAUGGAAAGGCUCUCGUCAAUCUCUUCUUCACGCUGAGGGGCUCCAAGACACCGGCUCUGUCGCGUGUCCUCAAAGUUUUUGAGACAUUUGAAGCCGAGAUACGCCAUUUGGAGACACGGCCCUGCAAGAAGCCCAAGGAGAGCCUGGAGGGCCUGGAGUACUUUGUCCGCUGUGAGGUGCAUCUCUCCAACGUCAGCACGCUGGUCAGCUCAAUCAAGAGGAUUGCAGAAGAUGUCAAAACCACCAAAGAAGUCAAAUUUCACUGGUUCCCGAAGAAAAUAGUUGAGCUGGACAAAUGCCAUCAUCUGGUCACAAAGUUUGAUCCAGAUUUAGAUCAGGACCAUCCCGGCUACUCAGACCUUGUUUACCGACAGAGAAGGAAGAUGAUCGGAGACAUUGCCUUCAGAUAUAGAUAUGGGGAUCCCAUACCUAAAGUGGAGUACACAGAGGAGGAGAUCGGCACAUGGAGGGAAGUAUACUCAACUCUGCGAGACCUGUAUAACACCCAUGCCUGCAGUGAGCAUCUUGAGGCUUUCCGUCUGCUGGAAAAGCAUUGUGGGUACAAUCCGGACAACAUCCCACAGCAGGAGGACGUGUCACGUUUCCUCAAAGAACGUACAGGGUUCCAGUUGCGUCCUGUGGCAGGUUUACUCUCAGCCAGAGAUUUUCUGGCCAGUUUGGCCUUCCGGGUGUUCCAGUGUACCCAGUACAUCCGCCAUGCCUCCUCUCCUAUGCACUCCCCGGAGCCGGACUGUGUCCAUGAGCUUUUGGGUCAUGUCCCCAUGCUGGCUGACAAGACUUUUGCCCAGUUUUCACAGAAUAUUGGCCUGGCCUCAUUGGGAGCCUCAGACGAAGAUAUUGAGAAACUAUCAACGCUCUACUGGUUCACUGUGGAGUUUGGCUUAUGUAAACAGAGUGGGGAGGUGAAGGCUUAUGGAGCUGGACUGUUGUCCUCAUAUGGGGAACUUGUGCACUCACUUUCAGACGAGCCGGAGAGGAGAGACUUUGAGCCGGAUGCUGCGGCCAUACAGCCCUAUCAAGACCAGACAUACCAGCCUGUUUACUUUGUUUCCGAUAGCUUUUCAGAUGCCAAGGAGAAACUCAGGGCCUAUGUGGCUGGUAUCAAAAGGCCGUUCUCCGUCAGGUAUGACCCGUAUACCUGCGGUGUGGAGGUCCUGGACAACCCCUUGAAGAUCCGCGGGGGGCUGGAGUGUGUCAAAGACGAGCUGAAGAUGCUGACAGAUGCCCUAAACGUUUUGUCAUGA